AUGGAUCGUGAAGAAGUGACCGAGUUCCUGGGGCAGGUGCCCCUCCUGCAGUGCCUCCCGGGUUCCUCCAUCCGCAGAAUCGCCGAAGCCGUCGAGGUCAGGAACUACGAACCUGGUGACUAUGUCGCUCGCGAAGGUGAACCUGUUGAUGGCCUUUACAUCAUAUUGGAUGGUCAGGCUGAAGUUUCUGCACCUACAAAUGCCGAAGAAGCCAACCGCCCAGACUAUGUGUUAAAUAAAUAUGACUACUUUGGUUACGGAAGUAAUAGUUCUGUUCAUCAAGUAAAUGUUGUUGCACUAUCAAAGCUGACCUGCUUCAUAUUGCCCAAUCAAUAUGGGCAUUUGUUACAACCAAAAACAAUUUGGAAUGCGGAGGAAACACCUGAACAUUCUUUGCUGGAACAAAUUUUGCACUUAGAACCACUAGAGGUCGAUAUCUUCCGUGGGUUUACUUUGCCAGAAGCUCCAACUUUUAGGCAAGUUUUUGGAGGACAAUUCAUUGGACAGGCACUAGCAGCAGCAUCCAAGACUGUUGAUUGUCUAAAAAUGGUGCACAGUUUGCAUGCGAUUUUUCUUGUUGCUGGAGACAAUAACAUACCAAUAAUAUAUCAAGUUCAUCGGGCACGUGAUGGAUCCAGCUUUGCCACAAGAAAAGUGGAGGCAAAGCAGAAGGGACUAGUUGUAUUCACCUUGAUUGCUUCUUUCCAGAAGGAAGAAGUGGGUUUUGAGCAUCAGGCUGCAAUCAUGCCUGAUGUUCCUCCUCCAGAACAGCUCCUUAAUCUGGAGGAGAUACGAGAAAGACGGCUUACUGAUCCACGCUUCCCAUCCCAAUAUAGGAACUUGGCAGCUAAAAAGAAGUUUACUCCUUGGCCCAUAGAAAUGAGAUUCUGUGAAGAUUCAGCAUCUCAACAUAAACCAAGCUUAAACUACUGGUUUAGAGCUCGGGGAAAACUUUCAGACGACCAAGCUCUACAUAGAUGUGUUGUAGCAUAUGCUUCGGAUCUACUAUAUUCUGGUGUGAGCCUUAACCCUCAUCGAGAGAAGGGUUUGAAGACAUACUCGCUCAGUCUUGAUCAUUCCAUCUGGUUCCACAAACCUGUGAAGGCUGACGAAUGGUUGCUGUAUGUGAUCGAGAGCCCAUCUGCGCACGGUGGUCGGGGUUUCGUCACGGGACGCAUGUUCAACAGGCAAGGAGAGGUAUGCAUUCGUCUGAGCUCUGAUUCUGCUUCUGCACCUGUUCGUGAGAGUAGGGACCCAAGUAAUUAUAUUCUCUUCUGGAAUGCGCAGCUUAUCAUGUCGCUGACCCAAGAGGCGUUGAUUAGAAGGGAGAAGCCACGAGGACCAAAUCCAAGGCCGAAGCUUUGA